AUGUCAUCAGAGGAUAGUAGUAGUCAUGCUUAUAUGAGUUUACCCCAGGAAGACGUUCCUUCAACCCUAGAGAAGAAAUUGCCUUCAAUUCCUCAACCUCACCUUGAAGAUGGAUUCUUUCAAACGUAUCAUACAAUCACUGCAGAAGAGUUAUCUAAAAUAAAAAGAAACAUGGCAGAGAUCAAUAAUAUUCUUGCUCUGUUAAAAUUAAGUACUGGAGGAAUUGAUCCAGAAAAUUUUAUUACAAGAGAUGGUCAAAAGAAACCAUUAGAGUUUAAUUGGUGGCAAUUAUCAUUGGCAUUAGUGAUCUUUAUAUUGAUUGUAUUGUUUUUCAUAUGGUUCAUCGUAUACCUAAAUAUUUGGUAUGAAAAUUCAACUGAAGUUGAUUAUACACCUCCAUUUAUCUAUUAUUAUCAGACCGCUUAUAGUUCUGAUUAUAGUUCUGAUUAUACUACUUAUACAUGA